AGGUCAUUUAUUCCUCCUCUCCACGGAACAUCUUCUUUUCGAUUGGGUGUAGUUCUUUGUGAUUAGUGUUUUGGAUUUGAUAUUUUGUUUCUCAGUUUGUUUGUUCCGUUGCCCUUGUGUUAUUAAAUUCAAAUAUCGUAAAAGUUUGCGUGGACCUUUGCUGUUGGUUUUGUAGUUGGUCUUUGUAAGUUGUGUUGAUAAUCUCGUAGAAAGGUUGAGUUUCAUUCUCAUUGUCGUUGAGCAAGAUGUCUUCUCAAUUAUCAAUGGAACAGAUGUUCCAGCAAUUUUUGUCGGGACAAGUGGCACAGCAGCAGACACCGAUUCCUCCUUUCCAGGGAGUCGGGCAUGCUGUUCAACAGCCUGCGCAACCUGUGCAGCAACAGAAGGAGACUUCAACUGUUCAGUCAGUGAUGCAGCAGAAUCAACCGCAGGAACAACACGGGCAUCAACAGUCGCAAAGAUCUUUGACAUUUCCCUUGAUGCAGCAACAUAAUCAAAGUCUGACAUUGCAGCCUAGUGGGCAACAGUCUCAGCAGCAACCUUUGUCUGGAAGCAUGAUGUCUCAUUCUAUGCAGCAGCCAGUACAUCAGCAGCAAGGUGCUACAGCACAGUCCGUGCCACAAGUAGUGCAGCAUCAACAACUUUUACCUUCUUCAACUAUGCAUCAAUCAAUGCAGCAGCAAGGUUCUACAUCACAGCCAGUGCGCCAAUUUAUGCAUCAGCAGCAAGCUGGUACAGCACCAAUCGUGCAGCAGUCGGCUGUUUCGCAGUUUACGGGUGUUCAACAGCAAUCACAGCUAGGUCAGGGGGGAACAGGAAGCUGCGGCUCUGGUGUGGGAGGUUCUGCAUUUGGAUUUGGUUUUGGGACUGAAGGGAAAUCUAACGGGAAUGCUGGCGUGCAAGCUCAAACUCAGCAGGCACACUACGGACCGGUGAAGGCGAAUCAACAUCAAACAGAUAGACAUCAAGCAGCCCAGAAUCCAUACAGCCAGUCGAAUCCUUACAGUCAUGGACGGAGGUAUUUUAUGUUUAUCGUAAAAUCGAGGAUUUAUUCAUAUAGCAACUAUUAUUUCGUUACCAUUUAUUUUGGUUGAUGAGAGCUUGUUACUUCGACAUUACUAUACAACAGUGCGGGGGAAGCUGUGGCCAUGCCUUCUGGCGGGUGUUUUGUGGCUGGAAGUACGAACUCAACUACUCAAAUUGGAGCGUCGUCAAACUUUGCACCAGCAGACAUGUUUCAGCAAUUCCUUGAGUGGCAGAAGCAGAAUGCGGCGGCGAGCAUUUGCACUCCUGGACUAAACUCUUCAUCUAUUGCAGCCACGAAGUUACCAUCAGAGCUUGCGGCCAUGUGCGCAACAACAUAUCCAUCGAGUUCUACUUCGCCUAGUACUGAUUCUAGUGCAUCAGUGAAUUUGUCUGGAGGACAACAAUUACAGCAAAAUGGUUUGUACCUUGCGUCUGGUGUUGCAACGCCUGACGCAGUAAGUGGCUUUGCUCAACAGUUCCAGGCGCAGCAACAACGACAGACGGCGCAAGGAAGUACAGACGUUUCACGUGGUAGCUCGUAUGAGGAGCACGUGUAUUCGUUGGACGCGUGUAAAAAAGCUGGCCUUGAAAUUGGUGGCUUCGAUGCUUCAAAUUUUGUCGUUAAGGCUUUCUUUAAAUGUUUCAGGGUGUGGCAUUUGGUGUGAGUACAUGGUUGCUCUUCAAGUUGCUUAGUUAUUGCGGACGAUACGGACGCUUUUCUUCGGUCGUUGAGUCACAUUUUCUAACAUUGGUGUCGGAAGCAUAGAGGAGGUUUUGACUAAGAACAAGAUUUUCUUGCACAAGCUGACUCCUGAGCAAGUUGCAAGUGCGACUUAUAUGGGUGUUUCUUUGGGACCAGCAGAAAUAACUGGAGCGAUUCUUGCUGAAAUUCCUGACGAAAGGUUAAGCUCGGAUUAUAUUCGGUUGUCCAUAUUCUUAGUAUGAUUAGAGUAUGUUCUUCGACUUCCUCUUGAUUGCGUGACUGAUAAGAUUCUUCUUAUGCUUAUAAUGUUACUGCUACACUGUCUAAUCUUUGAGGGAUCCUCUCACUUCUAAUUAUUGCGGAGUUUCUGUGUAAGCGCAAAGUUAUCAACGAAUGGAUGAAAAAGGAUUUUCUUGCAGGGCAGCGAAAGGAGAAACUGCAUUGGGCGUUCUGCAGUAAGCGACAGAAAUCUAGCUUCGCAGCUGCUUUUGUGGCGAACCGAGUGGCGGAAGGUUUGCGUGUAUUUAUGGAGAAACAAUUGAAAGGAGAUGGCUAUCAAAAAUGCUUCGUGGCCUCCAUGAGUUUGCAACUGGCAAGGGGGAAGGAGUGCUCUGAGAAACAGCGCGUCGCAUUUGAUAAAGUUCUUCGUGCAUUACAAAUAGAAGAAAUAUUGGUUCAGCGUUGGGGCGUUUAUUUAAUGAAGACAUUCGUUCAGCCAGAUAUUGUAGAAGCUUACUUGUGGACAGAAGAGAAGUGCCCAGAUCAGUUUUGAUUUAGCCCUAGAGAGCGUGCAAUUAGGAACAGAGUUGUCGAAUGAGUAUGAACUUCGUUAAUUGGAGAACAUGCUCUAGCGCUAUCAUUGCGGCUAAAGUCAAGUAUCAGAUUGUGUGAGUGAUUGUAAUUUGUGAAUAAUUCUUUCUGUUAUUAUUUUUAUUCCUUCUCGUGUUGCUGGUAUCCGAUGGUAUAUGCUAGUAUUGUUUGUUCGUGCAUUAUAUUGAGUGGAAUGUAGAUGGAUUUGCGAUUUGUAGAAGUCCAUAAGGGUCAACAUUCAAUCUGCAGUAGUAUUACUAUUGUAUCAUAGGGGCGGCAUGUUAAAUAGUUAUGAAGGUCAGCAGUAGUUCUGGUUUGAUCACUGAAAGUUGUUGAUUGUAUUAGUCAAUUUGACUCUUGGAUAUCCAACUUAAAUAUUUGCAGUGACGAAUAUGACACUACAAACUCUUGGUAAGCACUGUCUUACGAUCUGCAAGAGAAUCUUAAAGAUGUACACUUUUUGGUUUGCAUGAAUAUUUUCAUGAAUAUAUCAGCAGGUUCUAUUAGAGUGCUAUUUUGUUGGUAUCAGUCACUGGGCAGUAAGUUCAGCAAGAAACACUUCUGAAGAACGUGCAGUCAGUGUCCUUGUUGCAGAAAAGUUAGUUAUUACGUGAGCGUGAGAGACAGGGAGCGAACAGUUGAAGUCUAU